CAUGGGCAUUUGGAAAGUGCUGCACAAUCUGAAUUACGGGUAACCAAUAAUAAUUACAAUUAUAUUAUUAUUGUUUGCCUACUAUCACAAAAAAAUAAUAGUUCAAUAGAUCGUAAGGAAUGACAGAUAUCUUGAUGAUACAAUGAAUAUCAGAACGAGCUCAGACACGGAUCGAAACUAGGAGUUAUAAAAUUCUCUAAUUAGUAUAAUUAAAUUGGAUUGUAAAUUAAAUCUGAUGAUGCGCAAUUAGAGGGCACAGGAGCUAUUGAAAAACAUCAACAUUUAGGAACUUUUGAACAGUCCCUUAUUAUCUGUGGACAGGUAGACUAAAUUAUUGAUGCAAGAAUAAUUUAGCUGUAAAUUUCCAUCAAUUUACGAUUUGAAGGAAGGUCAACUUAAUUACACUUUAAGUGAAUUAUUGGAAUAGUUGUAACAAAUACAGAAAUUUCCUUAUGAAUUUGAGGUCUUCAGCAUUCGUGGGUACAAUGACCUGCAUUUUAAGGUGUUUUACAUUGAACCUAAGUCUUUUACGAUUAUAAUACAAAAGAUGGAGGAAUACAAUUUGCAAAUUAAGAAAGUAUUUACACAAACUACUAUGCAGCAAUUGUUUAAGAGUUUUAGCCAUGAAUACAAUACAUCUUUAAAUUAUAUCUUAGCAUUGGCAUAGGUAGCGGAAUGCCAUGAGGAUGUGCCGCAGAAUGUCUAAGAGUAAUUCUUCAAACCAAUAUUGGUGAAUGGGAAGGUGAUGCACAGCAUGGUUUUGGAUAUGAUGGAUUACAACAGCAUUUUGGGAAAGACAUUCAGUCUGCAAGUAGGAGUGUUCAACAUCUAGGAGUUGAUCUUGGAAGUCAUUUCACUGUUCAAGGAUCAAAUAUCAAAGAAGAAUUUAGAAAUCAAAAUUGAAUUUAAUUCUAAAAUUACAUAGAUUCUAUCUGAUCGAAAUAGAAUUAAAUAGAUUUUGAUUAAUUUAGUCUCAAAUGCUCAGAAGUUUACACUGCAAGGUUUGAUAUCCUUAAAGGUUGAAACAUCUCUGUCCAAUAAGAAACCAUAUGUGGUAUUCCACGUUGAAGACACUGGCAUUGGAAUGACAAAGCCUGAAUAGGAUCGAUUAACGUUGUUAUUGCAAUCGGGAGUGCCAUCUAUCUAAAAAAUAUCAAAGAAUACAGCUGGGUUUGGAUUGGGACUAUUCAUCAGCAAUAAGAUUGCAGAGGCAUUAUCGUAAUAGAGAUUCGAAAAGGGAGGUGGACUCAGGUUUGAGACAUAAACAGGAAAAGGGUUCCACUGUUGGUUUUUUGUGUACCCUCAGACUGUUAGUCCAGAUGUAAAACCUAACAAUCCAAAAAGUCCACUGAUAAUACUCAAUAAGAAGAUUGUCAUCGAUACAAGACAGACAGAGGUAAAUGCUGGAAUUGAGACAUUGCAAAGAGAUAAUAAGCGAAACAGAUUGUCGUGUGCUAUGAUUAAUAAUGAACAAAUAAAUGAGGGAAAUUAAAUCAGACAUAGACGACCUCAUAGUUAGAUCCGCUUUGUGUAGGAACUUAUCGAUGCAGUUUCAACUGACACAGUCAAUAAUGAAUGUUCAGUUGAAGACUAUUAGGCAAGAAUCAAAUACAUAAAGUCUUGGCAUCAAUAGCAAUAAUAAUAAUCAUUUCUAUUGAGAAGCAAUCAAUCAUUUAUUGAAUGUCGUUGUCCCAACAUACUCAUAGUGGAUGAUGAGUAGAUUAAUAUAUUAGCAUUAUCGAUUUUGUUAGAAUAGCUUGGUUUGAAUUCUGAUCAAGUGUUCAAUGGAAAGGAGUGCGUAGAUUUAAUCUACUCGAAAUAGAAAAAAAGUAUGUGUUAUUAAAUGAUAUUGAUAGCAUAUUGUGGGAGAUGUAGUGAUCGACAGUAUUAGUUGAUAUUUAUGGAUAUAAACAUGCCUCUCAUGGAUGGAUGGGAAGCAUCUCGACAGAUUAAAAAAUGGUUUUCUAUAGCCAUCAUCGCUUGCACUGCUUUUACUGAUAAUGAAACAAAAGAAUAAUGUUAUCAAAAUGGGAUAGAUUAUUAUUUGUCUAAACCAGUAAAGAAGGAAUCAUUAAUUCAAGUGUUGUAAUAUUAUCGUAUACUUUGA